CAAACUGCAAAGACGGUCAGAAAUGAAAGUCAUGCUGCUCAUGGACUGGGUAGCCAUCACGGCUGUCUGCAUUGGAAUAGCAGGUGUUUCUGGUGACAAAAUCAUCGAUGGCACUGAAGCCAAAGCCCACAGCCGACCAUACAUGGCAUACUUGGAGAUACACAAAAACAAUCUAAUAUAUUGCUGUGGAGGGACCCUCAUUCACCCAGAAUUCAUCCUGAGUGCAGCUCACUGCCAAGGACAGUAAGUUUCUGUCAGUCAAUAGGAGGUGCUUAAGAAAGACCAGAGAGCAAGAAAAGUUAGAUGAUAUGGAAAAUAUGGUAAAGAAAAAGAAAAGUUACUAAAAUGUACUGAUUGAAAUGAUCUACUGGUGUACUUUAGCAUCUUGAUGAUUUAUCAACAGCUGAUGUUUGAUUUAACAUUGAUCGCUCUUUUUAUCUUUAGACAAGUCAGACACUUUCUUUCUUGUUAGUUAUUCUGGUAUGU